AUGGUCGCCAUCAACAACAUCGCUCUCCCCACCGCCGUCGUCCUCGGCCUUGUCAGCCAGGCCAUGGCCCUCCCCGUCCAGGCUACCCAGGACAUCGUCGAAUCCGGCCUUCUCGAGCGUGCCAUCGAGGCCGAGCUCGACACCCGCGACCUGGAGGAGCGAUUCAGCAUCGGCAAGGCCUUCAAGAAGGUCGCCGGCGUCGGAAAGAGCCUUCUCGGCUUCCGUGACCUCGCCGAGCUCGACGAGCGUGAGAUCGAGGAAUUGGUCGCACGCUACUACGACGACUCCGAGCUCGACACCCGCGACCUCGAGGAGCGCAAAUUCAGCAUUGGCAAGGUCUUCAAGAAGGUCGCCGGAACCGCCGCCAAGAUCCUCUUCCGUGACCUCAGCGAGCGCGACAUCGAUGAGCUCGACGAGCGUGACAUUGAUGAGCUCGUCACCCGGGCCUUUGACGAGUCCUCUGAGUUUCAGCUCGAGACCCGUGACAUCGAUGAACUCGACGAGCGAGACCUCGAGGAGCGCUUGUUCAUCGGUAAGAUGAUCCGAAAGGGUCUUGGCGUCGCCAAGCACAUCCUCUCCCGCGACCUCUCUGAGCGCGAUCUCGAGUCCCUCGACGAGCGUGACUUGGAGGAGCUCGUCGCCCGUGCCCUUGACGAAGAGUUGGAGGAGCGUGACUUUGAUGAGGAGCUGGAGGAGCGUGACUUCGACGAAGAAUUGGAGGAGCGUGACUUUGACGACGAACUCGAGGAGCGUGACUUUGAUGAACUCGACGAGCGCGACCUCGAGGAGCGAUUCAGCAUCGGCAAGGCAUUCAAGAAGGUCGCUGGCACCGCCGCCAAGAUCCUGUUCCGCGACCUGUCCGAGCGCGACAUCGACUCCCUCGACGAGCGUGAUGUCGAGGAGCUCGUCACACGCGCCUUCGACGAGUCCUCUGAGCUCGAGACCCGUGACUUUGACGACAUGCUCGACGAGCGCGACCUCGAGGAGCGCAAGUUCAGCAUCGGCAAGGUCUUCAAGAAGGUCGCUGGCACCGCCGCCAAGAUCCUCUUCCGUGACCUCGGCGAGGAGGAGCUCAGCGAGCGUGACAUCGAGGACAUCGUCGCCCGCUCUUUUGAGGAGCACGACGACCUCGAGUAA